AUGGCCGUUUCGAAAUUUGAACACUUACCGGAUGAAAUCAUUCUCGCAGUUUGCUUAUAUCUACGACCAUUUGAAGUUAUUGAUGGCUUUGGUCAACUUAACUGGCGUCUUACCAGAACAAUCAGUCAAUUUCGACGCGAUUCAGACAUACAUCAUUUAACCUUGACUCAGUAUCAACGUUGGUAUUCGUAUUUACUACCAUCAACAUCGAAACAUAUCACCAAGUUCGUCCUAAGUAAUUGGAAUGCUCCGGGACAAAUUCAUUUGUUCAAUCAAUCAACAAAAUAUUACACUUCACUUCGUGAUUUCCUACCAAAUCUCACCCAACUUCGUUUAAUCGAUUUUAGUAAUGAUGAUGUAGAUAUUCUUCCUAAACUCGCAAUGAUCGAUAAAAUUCUUAUUGAUAUCGAUGCGUUAAGACCGUUACUCUAUUCGACGAAACUUCUCCUCGAUCGAUAUCUUUUCUGUUCAUCGUUUCCAUUUAAAGAAGUUCGUCUGUGGGUUGGUGAUAAUGGCAUUCGAUUACAACACAACACUGAUCUAAUUGUCAAUCCACAUCUUGAACAAUUGACAAUCAUUGUUGCACAUAUUGACGAUUUGAUACUUCUUUUCAAACGUUCACCAAAUCUAAUCAAACUCUAUGCUGAAAUCAAUUCUUUCACAGCCGAUGAACCGAAACAAUAUGCAACAGCAGAAGUGAUGCCAAAGAAACUAACCGACUUUCACAUUCAAACAAACGAUCAAAAGGCCUUGACGUUCGACGAUCUAUUUNGGGUGAAGAAAACUGGCAAAGAUGUUCGCAAAGAUGUCCGUGCAGUACAAAAACUCCGACGAGAAGUAGAAAAAGCGAAGCGAACAUUGUCAUCUCAACAUCAAACAAAGAUCGAAAUCGAAUCAUUCUUUGACAAUGAAGAUUUCAGCGAAACAUUAACACGAGCCAAGUUCGAAGAACUCAACAUGGAUUUAUUCCGAUCAACAAUGAAACCUGUGCAAAAAGUAAUGGAAGACGCUGAUUUGAAGAAGAGCGAUAUUGCCGAAGUUGUUCUCGUUGGUGGUUCAACACGUAUUCCAAAAGUUCAACAAUUAGUUAAAGAAUUCUUCGAUGGCAAAGAACCAUCCCGUGGUAUCAACCCCGAUGAAGCUGUUGCUUAUGGUGCUGCUGUUCAAGCUGGCGUUCUCUCAGGUGAACAGGACACUGGUGAUAUUGUUUUACUCGAUGUCAAUCCAUUAACGAUGGGUAUUGAAACAGUUGGUGGUGUUAUGACAAAGAUCAUUCCACGUAACACAGUCAUCCCAACAAAGAAGAGUCAAGUCUUCUCGACCGCCGCUGACAAUCAACCAACAGUUACCAUUCAAGUAUUUGAAGGUGAACGACCCAUGACCAAGGACAACCAUGUGUUGGGCAAAUUCGAUUUAACCGGUAUUCCACCAGCACCUCGAGGUGUUCCACAAAUUGAAGUCACCUUCGAAAUCGAUGUCAACGGUAUUCUGAAGGUAACUGCAGAAGAUAAAGGAACAGGAAACAAGAACAACAUUGUCAUCAACGCAAACAACAACCGAUUAUCACCAGAAGAAAUCGAUCGUAUGAUUAAAGAUUCGGAACGAUUCGCAGAUGAAGAUAAGAAAGUGAAAGAACGCGUUGAUGCUAAGAACGAACUUGAAUCGUAUGCUUAUUCGUUAAAAACUCAAUUGAGCGAUAAAGAGAAACUUGGUGGCAAGCUUUCAAGCGAUGACAAAUCAACAAUUGAAAGUGCUGUGGAAGAACAAAUCAAGUGGCUUGAAUCGAAUCCAGCUGCUGAAGUAGAUGAAUUGAAAGAACACAAGAAACAACUUGAAGAAAUUGUCACACCAAUCAUGACCAAACUGUACGGACAAGGCGGCGGUGCAGGUGGUGCUGGAGAUGUUCCUCCACCUCCUCCACAUGGCCAUGAUGACGAUAGCUUCAAUUCACGCGUUGCAUUCUACACAGAUCGGCAAGUCGAAAUUAUUGCCAAUGAUCAAGGUAACCGUGUCACACCAUCCUAUGUUGCAUUCACUCCUGAAGGUGAACGUCUCAUUGGGGAUGCUGCCAAAAAUCAGCUCACUUCGAAUCCUGAAAACACUGUUUUCGAUGCUAAACGUCUCAUCGGCCGUGAUUUCAAUGAACCAAGUGUUCAACAAGACAUCAAACACUUUCCAUUCAAAGUCAUCGAAAAGAACUCAAAACCAAUCAUCCAAAUCAGUACUGGCAAGGAACAAAAGCUUUUCACACCCGAAGAAAUCUCAGCUAUGGUUCUCGGCAAGAUGCGUGAGAUCGCUGAAGCGUACCUUGGAAAGAAAGUCACUCACGCUGUUGUCACCGUUCCUGCUUACUUCAAUGAUGCUCAACGUCAAGCCACGAAAGAUGCUGGUACCAUCUCGGGCUUGAAUGUCAUGCGUAUCAUCAACGAACCAACAGCUGCUGCUAUUGCUUAUGGAUUAGACAAGAAAGAAGGUGAAAAGAAUAUUCUUGUCUUCGAUUUGGGUGGUGGUACAUUCGAUGUGUCAUUGUUGACUAUUGACAAUGGUGUGUUUGAAGUCGUUGCUACCAAUGGUGAUACUCACUUGGGUGGUGAAGAUUUCGAUCAACGAGUGAUGGAACACUUCAUCAAGUUAUUCAAGAAGAAAACUGGCAAAGAUGUUCGCAAAGAUGUCCGUGCAGUACAAAAACUCCGACGAGAAGUAGAAAAAGCGAAGCGAACAUUGUCAUCUCAACAUCAAACAAAGAUCGAAAUCGAAUCAUUCUUUGACAAUGAAGAUUUCAGCGAAACAUUAACACGGAUUGAGUUUGAACAAUUGAACGAGGAUUUGUUUGAGCAAACAUUGAAGAUUAUGGAACAAACGUUAAAGGAUAAUAGUUUUAAUAAAUCGAUGGUCGACGAAGUUCUUGUCAUUGGCGGAUCAGCAUAUAUUCCGAAAGUUCAGGAACUAGUGAAAGAAUUCUUCGAUGGCAAAGAACCAUCCCGUGGUAUCAACCCCGAUGAAGCUGUCGUUUACGGUGCUGCUGUUCAAACUGAUCUUCUUUCGAGAGACGAUGGGUCUGAUAUUCUGUGUUGUUUGGAUUUGGCUCUUUUAAGCAUGGGUAUUGAAACAGUUGGUGGUGUUAUGACAAAGAUCAUUCCACGUAACUCACUCAUCCCAACAAAGAAGAGUCAAGCCUUCUCCACCGCCGCUGACAAUCAACCAACAGUUACCAUUCAAGUAUUUGAAGGUGAACGACCCAUGACCAAGGACAACCAUGUGUUGGGCAAAUUCGAUUUAACCGGUAUUCCACCAGCACCUCGAGGUGUUCCACAAAUUGAAGUCACCUUCGAAAUCGAUGUCAACGGUAUUCUGAAGGUAACUGCAGAAGAUAAAGGAACAGGAAACAAGAAUAGUAUUACAAUCGGUUCAAAUACCAAUUUAUUAUCACCAGAAGAAAUCGAUCGUAUGAUUAAAGAUUCGGAACGAUUCGCAGAUGAAGAUAAGAAAGUGAAAGAAGGUAUCGAAUGUAGAAAUGAAUUAGAAGCUUCGUCAAAGACUGAAGCAAAUUCAAAAACUGUAUCUGAAAACACUCAACUAACACCAAGAAAAACGUCUGCUGUUACUACAACGGACGCCAUAUGA